ACCAGAUGAUAUCGAAUUUGUUUACAUUGCCGACUCGACAAAAACGCAAAAAUCUGUGGUCCUAUAAAAAAUUCGUGCAACUAGAGAAAAACUAUUUGGUUUAAAAAAUGGCCACUACCACUACUAUCGAUGUCAGUACUCCUGAGAGCAUUCAGACAACUUUACGCAAAAUAGCGGAGGAGGAAAAUGACAUCGAUACCAAUCUCGAAAAUCUGUUGUCUAAGCAGUCAUUGAUUGAAUCAAAGAUGGGAGCGAUUUGUUACUUUCUUGGAACUUUGAACACGGUAGUAGCAGAUACUAAAAAGCUAAGUACACAAAUUUCACAUACUGCUAAUUUAGCUGAAUCUGUUAGUGCCAAGGUGCGCUGUGUAGAUUUGGCCCGAAGCCGCGCAUCUGAAUGUCAGCAACGCGUACACGAUUUGAUAGAUCUACAACUAUGCAGCCAGGGUGUUUUAAAAGCAAUUGAAGAGGAGGAUUAUGAAAAAGGAUCUGCACUUAUUGGCCGUUUUUUGUCAAUUGAUCAAAAUGUACUGCAGCGUACGGCUGGUGAUGUCGGUUCAAGUGGAUCCGUAACGUCAGUUAGCGAUGCUGUUCGCACACUUGAAAAUGCUACGGAAAAAAUGCGCAAACUUGUAGUAAUACGAUUCGAUGAGGCUGUUAACAAAGAUGACUUAGCUUCCGUGGAGCGUUUUUUGAAAUUAUUUCCACUAUUGGGCAUACACUACGAUGGCAUUGAGAAAUUCGGUAAAUACAUUUGUACGAAAUUAGCAAUCAAAUCGGAAAAGGAGCUGCGAACUUCAUUAGAUAUUGCAAAGUCGGAAAAUCGCUUGCCAGUGGCAUUUGCAGACACUUUAACAACUUUGCUAGAGAAUUUUGCACGAGUAAUUGAAGUAAAUAAACCAAUUAUAGAAGCUCAUUACGGUUCGGGAUAUCUUAUUAUACUAGCGAUAUUGUUACAAAAUGAAUGUGAUUCGGAAGUAAAAAAUGUUGUUUUGGAGUUUAACAAAAAUAGACGCAUAAAUGAUCUAAUUCAGCAAAUUAAAGAAUACAACCGUGCUACAGGUGGAAAUAUGCCAUCACUUAGUCAGUAUCAAAAACAAUCUGUAAAUGCCGAUAAACCACAACCUAAAGAUAUUGAUCCUAUCAUUGUGGAGCUAACUAUUAUGCACUCUCGAGUAGAAUUGUAUUUCCGAUUUUUAAGGCGCAAGGUCAAGUUGGACAUUGACGCAAGCAAUGUUGAAGAUGUUGAAAAGGAGCGUCAGACUCAACGCCUAAAUUCUCUUUUAAAUAAUUCGGGGCUUAGUCGUCAAAUGCAAGAACUGCUGAGUAAUUAUCUUCUUUUAGAGCGACACUUUAUGGAGGAAAGUGUGAAUAAGGCAAUUACUUUGGACACUUUCGAAGUUGGACAACAGUGUUCCUCAAUGGUGGAUGACGUUUUCUAUAUAUUGCGAAAAUGUAUUCGUCGGUCGCUGACCACGCAAUCCGUAAAUGGUUUGUGUGCCGUAAUCAACAAUACCGCAUCCUGUCUAUACAAUUUCAUAAACGCGCUGAAGGUGCCUUUAAAAAACGGUUAUCCAUCUGGCUACACAGACUUAGCUUACAGUGCUAUACAAAGUGCAGUGCAACAUGGAAAAUUGCAAUCAAGCGACAGUGAGAAAGCACGUAGCAAUUUUAUCAAUCGGUUAAAUAAUGCCGACAUGUCAACAGAGUUUCUCGAAACAUUGUGGGAAACAAUUGAACAGGAUAUUAAAAAUACAUUCCCAACAUUAUCCGUAACCGAGCAGCGAAUUGUAGAUAGUUGUAUAUCGGAAUUACGCACUGUUCGAGAUACUCUAAAGGCGUGCGUUAAUUUCGGUAUGACACAAUUAAGAUCAAGUGCGGUUAAGCCUCGUCUAAAUCCUUGGAUUGAUCAGUUUCUUAACUAUAGUCAUAUUUUAUCCGAAGAAGAACUUGCUGAUUAUGAGGCUGGUGAAACUUUCAUACAGACACUCAUUGUACAACUUGACGGUUUUUUGAGUCAAUUCAAAAAUGUGUUAACACCACGUAAUUUCGACGCUUUCGUCAGUAUAUUAGCAACAGAUACUACAGCCAGACUGGAAAGGGCUAUCAAGAAGACUUCAUUCAAUCGUUUAGGUGGACUCAUACUCGAUCAAGAAAUUCGUGCACUCAGCUCAUACUUGACUGGUGUCACAUCUUGGUCUGUGCGCGAUAAAAUGACACGUUUAACGCAGAUAGCAACGAUAUUGAAUUUAGAAAAGGUCGAUGAGCUGACAGAGUAUUGGGGACCAGAGAAUGAGAAUGAAACACCAUCAUGGCGCUUAACACCUCAAGAAGUACGGAUUUUGCUUGCAUUACGUAUAGAUUUCCGCAUGGAUGAUAUAAAGCGUAUAAAACUAUAAAUUUGAAUUUAUUUAUGUAUUUAAUAAUAUUGCUAAGCGAAAACUCCUAUAUGAGUAGUGUAUGUAUAUACAUAUAUAUUUCUUAAUUAAUUAAUUAAAUUAAUUGCUAAAUAUAGGCUUAAAUUAUUGCUUGAAAUAUAUUACAUUUGAAGCUUA